AUGGAGCCGCUCCUCCUCGACGGCGGGUGCGCCGCGUCGCCCGAGCGGCGGCCGCGGCGCCGGCCCUUUGGGGACCGGCUCCUGGAGCGCGACAGCCUCCUCCGGGACAAAUACGUGACGCGGGCCGUGUUCAAGGCCGUCGCGCUCGUGGGCAUGGUCGCCGUCUUCGGGACCGUCGACGCGUGGCGACGACCAGGGUCCCGGCCCGCGGCCGCGGCCGGGGCCCUCGGUUACCCCGCCGCGGGCCCGCUCGCGGAGCCCGGGGCCUUCGGGCUCCCCGCGCGCUUCGUGCGGAGGCGGCUCGCCAACGCCACCGUCGACGACGACGACGACGAGUGCCCGACGAAGCCGGGCUGGGGCCCGACGCUCGGGUGGAUCUUCCUGACGCUCUACCUCUUCCUGGGCACGGCCAUCGUCUGCGACGAGCUCUUCGUGCCCGCGCUGGAGGAGAUCGCGUCGCGCUGGGAGAUGUCCGACGACGUCGCGGGCGCGACGCUCAUGGCCGCCGGCGGGUCCGCGCCGGAGCUCGCGACGUCGUUCAUCGGCACGUUCACGGGGUCGUCCAUCGGCUUCGGCACCAUCGUGGGCUCGGCGGUCUUCAACGUGCUCUUCGUCAUCGGCAUGUGCGCGCUCUUCACGCCCCCGGAGCUCGCGCCGCUGCGAUUGACGUGGUGGCCGCUCGCGCGCGACUGCUCCUACUACGCCAUCACGCUGGCGACUUUGGCCUGCUGGUUCGCGGGCACGAGCCCCAACGCCAUCGAGUGGUGGGAGGCUUUGGUCCAGUUCACGCUCUACGUGGGCUACGUGCUCCUCAUGUCGCAGAACGAGGCGCUCGAGGCGUGGGUCACGCGCAAGCUCGGCGGCGCGGCCAUCGACGUCGCCCAGGUCGCGCCGGCGACGCCCGCGGUCGCGCCGUCCGAGGUCAAGGCGCCCCCCGGGGUCGCCGAGGUCACGCCCGUCGUGCCCGCGCCCGCGGACGCGAAGGAGGCCAAGUCGCCGCCCGACGGCAACGGCGACGCCAAGGCGAACGGCGACGCCGCGCCCGCGCCCGCCGCCGCCGCGCCGAACGCGCCCGGCGAGAGCCCCCGCGGCGCGAGCCGCCAGUCCAUGAGCCUGCCCGCGGGCGUGACCAUCGACGCGAACGGCAACUACGCGGCCCGGCCCCGGAAGUCGACGUACCUCCACCGGCCCACGGGCUUCCGCGCGGGCAUCAUGACCAUGCUCAUGGGCCAGGGCGGCGACAUCGGCACGACGACGGGCACGUCCGUCGUCGCGGAGAUCUCCGGCGACGUCAACGAGACGUUCGCGAAAUUGGACACGGACGCGAACGGCAAGCUCGACGUCAACGAGCUCAAGCGGCUCCUGACCAUGCUCGGCGGCCACGAGGGCGACUACGACGAGGGCAAGCUCGCCAAGCUCCGCACGGAGCUCGACACGGACGGCGACGGCUUCGUGAGCCGCGCGGAGUUCAAGAAGUGGUACCUGACGUCCGAGACGCGGCUCCAGCACCAGUGCAAGCGCAUCUUCGACGAGAUCGACAAGGACAAGGACGGCAUCAUCAACGCCGCCGACAUUUCCGUGUUGGUGGCCCACCUCGCGUCCGCGGGCCGCGGCGCGGACCCCGAGUCGGCGGCGGCGGAGUUCUCCGAGGAGAUCUCCUCGGGCGGCUGCGACUACCCGUCCUUCCAGCAGUGGUACGAGAAGACCAUCUUCUGGAAGAAGGAGAAGGAGGAGGCCGAGAUCAUCGGCGAGGCCGCCGAGUCCAUGUUCGACCAGGUCAAGGACCAGCUGUCGAAUUUACACAAGAAGUCGCCGGGCGAGGUCGCGAUGAUCCUGCUCCUCCUGCCGCUCAACGGGUCCCUGGCGCUCACGGUGCCCGACUGCCGCGCGCUGGACAAGGAGCACUACUGCUACUACGGCUUCGUGACGUCCAUCGUCUGGAUCUUCGUCUACUCGACGGGCAUGGUCUCCGGCAUCACGGCGAUCGGCCUCCAGAUCAACGUGCCCGUCUUCAUCAUGGGCCUGACCUUCCUCGCCGCGGGCACGUCCGUGCCCGACCUCCUGUCCUCCGUCGUCGUCGCCAAGCAGGGCAAGGGCGACAUGGCCGUGUCCUCGUCCAUCGGGUCGAACAUCUUCGACGUCUGCGUCGGGCUGCCCGUGCCCUGGCUCUGCUACACGAUCUUCAACUGGAAGAACGUCACGACCUGCUCCCAGGGCGUCGGCAUCUCCAUCUGCAUCCUCCUCACCAUGGUCCUCGCCGUCAUCGGCUCCAUCAUGGGCUCCGGCUGGAAGAUGUCCCACAACCUCGGCGGCAUCAUGUUCCUCCUCUACUUCCUCUUCGUCGUCCAGGAGGUCCUGCCGUCGAUCCGCACGGCCGUGCGCCCGCGCGUUUCCGCCCUGCGGAUGGCCGAGGAGGGCGCGCCGGAGCCCGUGCCGACGCCCGCGGAGGCGCCCGCGGGCUGGCAGAAGGUCGAGGAGACGAACAUCUGGGGCGACGACAAGGUCGCCGACAUCCGCAUCGAGGGCGGCCAGACCCUCAAGACCUUCAAGAUGCCGCCGCAUGCGGAGCGCGUGCAGUACAUCCUCACGUCGCCGAACGGCCGUCCCGUCAAGGCGCGCGUGGAGCUCUGGAUCGGCCCCAUCCGCUGCGUCCACGAGCUCAUCUACGACUGCAUGAACGGCUUCGACUUCCCCCUCAAGGCCACGCUCCAGUUCAAGAAGCUGUCGCCCGUGCUCAAGAUCAUGGGCGACGCGGACUUCGAGUUCCCGCUCGUCGCGGGCGUCUUCGUGCCCUCCCCGGAGGAGAGCGACAAGAUCGGCAACGCGAACAAGGACAUGUUCUACAGCGCCCCGCUCAAGGACAAGGUCCAGGGCGGCUCGACCAUCGACGACAAGGGCGGCGCGAUCCGCAGUUUCGACAUCCCGCCGUCGUGGGAGAAGACGCAGAUCAUGGUCUGGUCCACGGACACGGGCAAGAAGUCCUUCAAGACCAACAUCGAGGUGCUCUCCGGCCCCAACAACCAGAAGCAGCACCUCAACCUCCGCUGCGGCGGCUCGACGCAGCCGUACCACGCCGUCAUCGACACGCCGGGCAGCAGCCAAUGGGUCAUCCGCUGCAACUCGAAAAAGUACCUCGAGGACGGCCUCUUCGAGAUCGCCGUCGCGCCCUACGGCCCGACCGUCGACGAGGGCCCGCCGGCCGUCGUCCUCAACUCCGGCUUCUAGGGCGCGAGCGAGCGGCGGCGAGCGAGCGAGACCUCACGUAUCCGUCAUCGCCGCGCGACACCCGGCAAGUAAAAGACCAUGCCUCGAU